UUUAUUUUGAAGAUUUUCUGAGAUAUUAGAGUAAAUAAAUAGUCAUUGUUCUGCUCCCUAUUGCUCCUCUGCCAAAACCUUUGUAUGACUUGUAGCCCAAUUCUACUAAAUAGACUUGUAAUGGCUGUUCGCGCGUUUUCAAGAUCAAAAAUAGCAAAACUCAGUGCAGUAUUCCUUCAAAACCAAACGGUUAAACCAACAAUACCAAUCUCAUUACCUUCGAAGCCCCAAAUUUCAUAUUCAGAUUCAAAUAUAUUAUCAUACAGUUACUUUUGUGGGUUAAGGCAAUACCACGAUGGGAGGCCGAGAGGACCCCUUUGGAGAGGCAAGAAGCUUAUAGGCAAAGAAGCGCUUUUUGUAAUUCAAGGAUUAAAGAGGUUUAAAGAUGAUGAAGAGAAGCUUCAAAGGUUUAUAAAAAACCAUGUUUUGAGGCUGUUGAAAAUGGACAUGAUUGCUGUAUUAACUGAACUUGAGCGCCAAGAAGAGGUCUCUUUGGCUACCAAGAUUUUUCAAGUGAUUCAAAAGCAAGACUGGUAUCAGCCUGAUGUCUAUCUCUAUAAGGAUUUGAUCAUUGCAUUAACAAGAGGCGGGAAAAUGGAUGAAGCAAUGAAGCUAUGGGAAGUGAUGAGAAAUGAGAAUUUGUUCCCAGAUUCUCAAAUGUACACAGAAAUCAUCAGAGGAUUCUUGAGGGAUGGGUCUCCUGCUGAUGCCAUGAAUAUAUAUGAGGACAUGAAGAAGUCACCAGAUCCACCGGAUGAAUUACCGUUUAGGAUUUUGUUAAAGGGGCUUCUACCACAUCCACUUUUGAGAAACAGAGUGAAGCAAGAUUAUGAAGAGCUGUUCCCUGAAAAACAUUUCUAUGAUCCUCCGGAAGAGAUAUUUGGCAUUCACUAAGGUGUGCAUGAGGGCAUGCUCAUUUCUCAACCGCUUAAAGUGAGAGUUGGCUUUUCUAUGCAAGAACACAUACCACAUUGCCAUGGAUUUGAAUUUCGUAAAGCUGUGAUAUUUCCUUGUAAUUUUCCCCUCGGAGGAUGGAGCUGAAUGGUGGACUAUGGGGACUCUUUCAGUUGAUCAAACUUGAUGCAAUAUAAUUCAAAAUAGAUAUUUUUUGGAUUCAUAAAUAACUACUCCACAUAUGAGUUUUAUUCUUUCUUUUAAGUCAAAUUGAAAUGUUGGUUUUGAUUUA